AUGGCUGCUCCGGCAACACAGAGUGGAGAUGCAAAAAAUCCCUCCCUGAAUUCGAUGUGGCGGACAGUUCUUGUUUAUGGUAUGGUCUUUCUCAUCAUGUUUUCUUUUCUCAGCUCGAGAGACACGAGUAGCGUCGGGAACAAGAGCAAUUUGAGGAUGAGAGGACGGGAUACCUCUGGGGUAACAGAGGUGCAUUUGCAAUACGCUCCUUUUUCCAAAAGAGGCGACUCAUACUCCAUUAUUAUCACAUCUGGUGAAGACGGUUUAUUUUCUGAGGAUAUAUUCUCAGAUUUGGUUCUUGAUGAUAAUACCCAAGAAAUGUCGCGACAUUAUACCAUUGAUUUAAGCCGGUGCUAUGCUGAAAAUCGCAGCGCAUUCCUUACCAUUAAAACGAUUAUUAAGAAAAAUGAAUACUCGCAAUUAUUUCCCUUAGUGCGUUACUUGCCUUUUCGAAGCGCAAGGCGGAAGCAACAUCUGUUUCUCUAUACGAAAACAGCGGAAGGUGACGCAAGCAACACCACCGAUUUGGAGCCAAGGACUGUCUGGAAAGCCUACUUUCAACCGUUGUUGACUCUGAGCCCUAUUGUUGACUUUUCCAACCCACUUCCCUCAUCAAUGAGACCUUAUUACUUUAUGGACAACGGAACGCAACAAUACCUACCCUUAGUUUACAUCAAUAACUUUUGGGUGCUGCGAGAUCACUUGUUGGAAAUUAACGCCACAACAGCGGCUUCCCCGCUAAAUUUCACCAUCACGAUUUCCCCACGUCCUCUAUGGAAGUUAGCUCUUUAUGUUCAAUUUGAAGAAUCCAUGAAACAGAAUCAGGAGUUGGGUUUGGCAAAGCCUGAGGAUUUAGAUGAGACCAAGCGAAUAUUCUUGGAAACAAAUCCCUAUUUUUUGGGUUUGACUCUUAUUGUGACAUUGCUGCAUAUGUUGUUUGAGUAUUUGGCCUUUUCUAACGACGUAAAGUUUUGGCGGUCUCGAAAGGAUUUUAAAGGUUUAUCAGUUCGUACAAUUGUUAUGAAUUGUUACUUUCAAACCAUUGUGUUUCUGUACCUUGUGGACGGUGAUGAAACGUCGUGGUCUAUUCUAGUUCCAAAUGGCGUUGGUGUUCUUAUUGAGUACUGGAAACUUGCACAAACCGUGCGAUUUUUCCGUCACGAUAAUGGGUGGUGGUGGUUUACUUUUAACGAUGGUUACGAUGAGCGUACGCGUAAGCAUGAUGACCUUGCCGUGCGUUAUCUUAUGUGCGCAAUGUCACCUGUUCUACUCCUUUAUACUGUGUAUUUGGCACUCUAUGAUACCCACAGAAGUUGGUAUUCGUUUAUUAUAAAUACACAGGUACGAUUUAUUUACUUUUUUGGUUUUGCCAUGCUAACACCGCAAAUUUUUAUUAACUACAAGAUGAAAACCGUCGCGCAGCUCCCGUGGCGUACGUUUGUGUAUCGCGCCCUUAACACCGUUAUCGAUGAUCUUUUUGCAUUUAUUGUGAAGAUGCCAUGGCUGCAUCGCCUUGCGUGUUUUCGUGAUGAUGUCGUCUUUGUCAUAUUGUUGUACCAACGGUGGAUUUAUCCGGUUGACACAGGGCGCAGCGAGGUUCCUGACAAAGACAAUGACGGCGAUGCCAAAAGGGUGGGGUGUGCGGCAGCGGAGGACGGCGGAAAAGAAGAGACCGAGUCUGCAAAACGGGAUAAAAAGCAGGAAAAGGCUCCCAGGGAGGCCGCAGGAACAAGUCCAUCGUCUCUUGAAUCAAAGAAAGAAAAGUAG